AUGUUGAAUUUACUAUUCAUUUUAAUGAUCACCAUAUGUUAUGCUGCUAAUAAUUCAUCUGUAUGCAUAAAUUAACUAAAAAAAUUGAUUGAAUUACCUAUUGAUGAAUAGCUUUAAACAAUCUUACCUUAUUAUUCUCUAUCAGGUGAUUGGAUAGGGAAGUUCGGAUACUAUGAUAGAUGUCAUAGAAAUGACUAUUCUUAUACAUCAGUUGAAAUUGAUUAACAACUCUUUAAAUAAUAUUAUGGAUUUUGUCAUUCCAAUUAAUGUUCAGCCAAAGAUUUCAAUUCUAAAGAUGGAUAAUAAACUAUAAAACAACUAUUGAACAACAGUGGAAUUGCAAAUCUAUUUAAUGUAAAUUAAUGCAUUCAAUGUAGAUUAAUCCAGAUACAUUAUAAUUAAAUUUCUAUGAUCCAUUAUCUUAUUUUCCACAUCUUGGUUGGGAAACCUAUGUUACAUCAGGAAUAUUAUUAAUCUUAUUUAUCCUUAUAACUAUUGAUCCUAUAUUGAGAUUUAUAACAGCAUGUUAAAGCAAGUAUACACCAGAUGUUAGAGAUUAAAGAUCUUCUAGUUUACAGAGUCCAUAGUGGCUUAGAGAAGGUUUAUAGGAUAAAAGUCAAUAUUAACCAACAUCUAUUAUUAAAGAUUUCUCAAUCAUAGUGAAUUACUAUAAAAUAAUCAAUCUUAAAACUAUAGAUCCUAAUUUAGCCAUAUUUAAUGGAAUCAGAGCUAUUUCAUUUAUGAUGGUUGCUUAUGGACAUGUUAAUGAAAUGACUGCUACUACUACAUAUAUUAAUGAAGUUAAUCUUCAAUAUAAAUCUUGGGUUAUUAUCAUACUUUAUGAUAUGAUGUAUGCUGUUGAUAUUUUUUUUUGGUUGGGAGGUUUCUUUCUAGGUUAUGUGAUGUGUGAAGAAAGAAAAGCUUAAACUUUACAUUAGAAACCAUAAUCAAUAAUAUUAAGUAUUACUCAUCGAUUAAUGAGAAUAUGGCCAUGCUAUUUAUUAUGCAUUGCUAUAAAUUCAUAUAUAAUACCUUAUUUAGGAAGUGGACCUAGAUGGUUUUUAUAAGAAAGAGCAACUUAAUGUCCAGGGGGAGCAUGGAAAAAUGCCUUAUUUAUUGAUAAUUUUUAUGAAGAUUGGCUUAUAUGUUUUGGUUGGGGUUGGUAUUUAACAUGUGAUUUUCAAUUAUUCUUAACAUGUUUAAUACCAAUAAUAAUAUAUUGUUAUGAUUAUAAACUAUUUUCAAAAAUACUAAUAAUAUUGAUGAUUAUUGGAACUUUAGGAUGGGCUUAUUAUCUUACACUUCAUUAUGAUUUUCUUAUACCAGGUAGAAAUACUUACAAUCCAGAUUAUUAUUAUAAAUUUUAUGUUAGUUCUUAUGCUAGAGCACCUCCUUAUUUUUUAGGUUUAUUAAUUGGUAUACUUUAUAGAGAAUUCAAAUAAUCAAAAAAAAGUGGAAAAAUAACUUAUUUGCAUUAAUUUAGAGAUUAUGCAUAAAGCAAUGGAUAGAGAUUAAUAAUGUAAUUAAGUUGUUAUGGAUUGGGAUUUGGAAUAAUGUCAUUUCUUUUUUUUGGAUGGAAAAAAGAAUUUAAUUAGAUUGAAAUGAGUUGGCCAAAAUGGUUUUAACAUAUUUAUCAUGCUAUUUGUAGAUUUUUAUUUACUUUUGGAUUGACAUUAAUUAUUUUACCUAAUUUAGUUGGAGCAUAUGAUUUGUAUAUAUAAUAUUCUUAUUUUAGAUUUAAUACUAAAUUUAUGAAUAAUACUUUAUUUAAAUUGAUGGCAAAAAUCUCAUUUACUAUGUAUUUAGUACAUUUAAUGAUAAUUGUUAUUUUGACUGAGACAUUUUAUGAAACUCCAUCAUUCGCUUAAUUAGACUUAAUAACUUGUUUUGUUUGUGCUGUAACUCUUUCAAUUGUUUUUGGAUUGUUUUUAUCACUUUUAGUUGAAUUACCAUUUGGAAAUCUGGAUACUAGAUUAAUAAAAAUUAUAAUGAGACCAAAGAAAAAAGUGGAUACUUUAUUAGAUUGA